AUGCAAACUUUAAAAGUAGUCUGUUGUGGUGACGGUAGUAUUGGUAAGACCUGUCUUUUAAUUUCAUAUACAACGAACCAAUUCCCGGCUGAUUAUGUCCCCACAGUUUUCGAUAAUUAUGCAGUCACGGUGAUGAUCGGAGAUGUACCAUACACCCUGGGAUUAUUUGAUACAGCAGGACAAGAAGAUUAUGAUAGAUUAAGACCACUAUCGUAUCCAUCCACGGAUGUUUUCUUAGUUUGUUUCAGUGUAAUUUCUCCACCUUCUUUUGAAAACGUCAAAGAGAAAUGGUUCCCUGAGGUUCACCAUCAUUGUCCCGGUGUCCCAUGUUUGAUUGUGGGUACUCAAAUAGAUUUAAGAGAUGAUAAAGUGAUUAUUGAAAAAUUACGAAGACAAAAAUUACAACCGAUUACGCCUGCACAAGGUGAAAGGUUGGCAAGAGAAUUGAAAGCGGUAAAAUAUGUCGAAUGUUCUGCUUUAACGCAACGUGGUUUAAAGAAUGUCUUUGAUGAAGCCAUCGUCGCAGCAUUGGAACCUCCCGUUAUAAAGAAGAGCAAGAAAUGUACAAUAUUGUAG